GUUUGAACACAAAGUCUGUGGUUUCGAAUACAAACGAUGGUAAACGUGGGUGAUCAAACUUAACGGAGACCAAUUUUAAUUUCCAUGUGAUAUUUAAAAAAAUCUUCAUCACCGGAUAUCAUUGGAUUACAAGCGUCAAACCGAUGAGAUACCAUUUCGCAGGCUUCGACGUUACAGUCGAUGUCGUGUUCUUUGGCGAAACAUCGACUACCUCUCUGUCAUUUGUCUUUACAUCCUACUGAGCUCCAUUAUAUAAUUUCAUCACGAUCAAUCCACACUUCGCUAUCGGUCCAGUCGGCUGUCUGCACCUUGAGCAAAAAUUUUCACAAAUGGCACGAACGAAUGUAAAAAGACGACAUUCUGAUUUGCCGCAAUUCGAAUCAGUUGUUAGAAUCUCCAGUCUUCCCAUCAUAGAAAACGGUAUACACAUAGCUGGCAAUGUGUACGAUAGAAUAAAGCGUUCGAAUUCAUUGAUGGGUUGGAGUUUGUACACUGCUGAACAGUCAUUUGCGAUCGCAACAGCGUCAGCAAAACCCGCGAUUCAUGCAUUAAAUGGACCUAUUACAACGAUCGAUCAAUUGCUCUGUAAGGGUAUAAAUAUUUUUGAGCAAAGAGUGCCAGCAGUUCAUCUUCCUCCACAUCUUAUGUACUGCAAUGCACGAGAAUACGUGAACAAUAAAAUCGUCAGACCUGUUCUAAUGCGUGCCGGAAGUGUGAAGAUAAUAGGAAGCCAAGCUGCGGAUGUUGCAGUAGACACGUUAGAUGGUGCUUUAACUGUUGCGGACAAAUAUGUUGAUCAUUAUUUGCCUGCUGAUGUUACCGACGGUAUAGAUGAAGUUACUUCUCCGGAAUCGGUAAGUAAGACCAAACGAACUAUCAAUCACGGUGCCAGACUAUCUAGGAAAUUACAGAAACGACUAACACGUCGCACGCUAGCUGAAGCUCGAGCACUUAAGGAACAAGGAACGGAAUGCAUUCAUAUACUUUUAUACGUUAUAGAAUUGUUAGCAACGGAUCCAAUAUUAGCGUUCCAAAAAGCCAAAGAGCUGUGGGGAACUUUAAGUUUGCCCGAACCGGAGAAUCAAGCUCGGCCAACUACUGUAGAACAAUUAUUGGUUCUUCUAACGCGUGAAUCUGCACGUCGUAUUGUACAUCUGGUGAAUGGAACAGCAGCUUUAGCAGCCAAAACUCCUCGCAAUCUUGGCAGACUUCUUAUUAGAGUUUCAAAUCAAUUGCAUGUAGUUGCAAAUGCUACGUUAAACAUGAUACCAAUCAUCAGUCAAAAAGAUGCAACGAAGAAACAUAUUUCAGCUGUACGUUUAGCCAUACAAAGGCUCAAUUCAAUUACGAAUCAUUUAUUGGAGCAAUUUGCAGCUUUUCUAGCUGGUCGUCCAAGCGUUUCAAAAGUAACACACGUCCAGACUCAUCAGCAAAACCACAAUAACCACAGGUCGAUGUCUUCCAAUCCGCCAGUAAAUGGUAUCGAAUAACGAAGUUAUGUUUAAAAGUUAUUCUGCGUGAGUUUCAUCCAUAAUAAUUCUUUUGUUUUCAAAGUUGAUAAAUAUUGGGAAUAUUCCAGAUUGAAAUUUUCUCAUAUAAAUUAUGUCGAUUCCACCGAAGUACAUAAUAAUAUUAUUAGUUGCGAAUCUUUAUAUUACGAUAAGCGAUUAAUAUACUUCUUUUAUCUAAAAAACACAAUAUAUUCGUGUCAUUCUUAGAAUUUUUAAUUUUUAGAUAUACUUAAUUAUCUUCAUGUUUACUACAAAAUAUUAUAAUGAUUAUAGACAUAAGAAACUUUAAAAAUAAACAUUAUAAUAAUUUCAUAGCCAUUAU